AGCUCAUAGUGGUUUAGAGCUCCCAAUAACCAAGAUGAACUGCAAGACUGAAGUCCUCAUUGUCGCUGUGCUCUUCUUCCUGCUGGCCUGUGUGGAAUGUCAGUUGACAUUCUCGCCGGAUUGGGGCAAACGUUCGGUGGGUGGUGCUGGCGGUGCCGGUGGCUUCUUUGAGCCACAGCAGGGCAAUUGCAAAACCUCCAACGAAAUGCUGCUCGAAAUCUUUCGAUUCGUUCAAUCGCAGGCGCAACUCUUUCUCGACUGCAAGCACCGGGAAUAAAUCAACGAGGAUCGCGACUGGACAACACUGAGAAAUCCAAAUUAUAUACUCCAAUACUCCACUCUAUAUAUAUAGUUCAUAUUCGAUGUAUGCAUGUUGUAUGUACGAGUACACGAGGUAGUCGUAGUCGGCAUUUAGAUUUAGAGCAUAUUUUCCGUUUCGUCUCUCUCAAUGUAAACCGAAAUACUAUUUUAGCCUAACUGUGCCUAACUAAAAAGCCAAAAACUCAAUAAAUAAGCGCAUCCGAAAAUA